AUGUAUGCUGAUGAUGUCAAGUUAUUCGACAGGGUAUUGCAAGACUUAGGACAUGAAUCUCUGCAGAAUUCUCUCAACAACCUUGAUUUGUGGUGCCUUGAUAAUGGUAUGGCUUUGAAUGUAACCAAGUGUGUCCUAAUGUCUUUCAAGCGUGGAACAAGUAUACUUGAUUCUCAAUACUCCUUGAGAGGCAUUCCUUUGAAAAGAGUAUACAGUUUCAAGGACCUUGGAGUGACUAUGACUCAGUCUUUUAGCCCACUGGAUCACAUGAGUGUGAUCACUGGAGAGGCUAGAUCUCUCCUUGGCUUUAUAUUUAGGACCACCAGGGAUUUCAGUUCUCCCGAGAGUGUCUUGGUUUUGUUUAGGGCUCUUGUUCUUCUAGUGUUGGAAUAUGGCUCUAUUAUCUGGGCACCAUUCCAUCUGUACCAGAUUAACCUGCUGCAAAGUGUGGAGAGACGUUUCGUGAGGAUGCUGAGCUGCAGGAUGGGUUUCAAGUACUUUGAAGUUCCUGUGGAGGAGAUUAAGGGACAGUACAUCUCCUCCCUUUGGUUCUGA